GGGGAGGAUGGAGAGCGGGAGGAGGAGAACAUCUCGGAUACCCCGGCAGCCCACAAGCCGGGAUGCAAGCGGCGAUCCCGAGGUCGGGGCAAACCCAGGAGCCAAGUGUUGGUCCAGAAGAUCAAGAAGACGCGCCGCAUCAAAGCCAACAACAGGGAGAGGAACAGGAUGCACAACCUGAACGGCGCCCUGGACGCGCUCCGGGAGGUGCUGCCCGCCUUCCCCGAGGACGCCAAACUCACCAAGAUCGAGACCCUCCGCUUCGCCCACAACUACAUCUGGGCUCUGACCGAGGCGCUGAGACUCGCCGACCCCGCCAGCGGCUCCGGGGACUCGGGCUACGGGGGGCCCGAGCAGCAGUACCUGGACUCGGGGGUUUGCAGCCCCAACCCCAGCCCCGGGUCAUCCGGCAACUCGUGGAGCUGCUCCAGUUCCCCUUCCCCUUCCCCUUCCUCCUCCUCCUCCUCCUCCUACACAUGCACUUUAUCACCCGCCAGUCCUGCCCGAUCGGAAGACCUGUAUUUCGGGCAAUCGGAGAACAUUUACGCAGCUCCUAAGCGCCUCUCCGACUUGCUCCGGGGCUCGUCCCCGUUUCACGAAUUCAUCUGA